CACCACUACUUGGAGGAGAUUCUCAUCUUAGCAAACAGGCCAUACGACGAGGAAAAAGGGGGAAGUAGGGGAGCGGAAGGAGAGUGCCGCUUCAGAUUUAGCUUGUCGCGACCGAACACGCACCGCCUACCAUUGGGUCUCUCAUCGAAUAGGGCAGCCUAUUAUCGCAUCCUGCUCCAUAAGCUACCCAACCCGCCAUUUCCCGCACCCGCCGCCGAACCAUCGGGGUUCUCUACGAGCGUCCAGGACGAGUCCACUGACGACGAUUUCCGACCAUGGCAUACAUUCCGCCCGGGGGAGGAUCCUUCCAGCAGGCAGAGCCCUUCGUGGACUCCCAGUUCGACAUAUUCGAGUGGCACACCUACUUCCAGUCAUGCUUGAUCUACUUCCUCGACCACGCGCAGUAUAACGCGCCCGUGCAGGCGCUGUGCGCGUUCAUGAACAUCCAGCUCCCCUUCCAGAAGCCCCAGAACCCCGUGCUAUCCUCGCGGCCACAAGGCCCGGGCCCGGGCCCGGGGGGAGGAGGCGCACUUCCCCGGCGGGGCCCGCAGCCGCCACCGGGGCGCCCGGCGGCAGCAGCACCAGCGGUGGUGGCAGUGCGGCCGGUGGCGCACGCGACACUGAUCCCGUACAUCCGGCGGCUGGUGGCGACGGGGUUCGACUUCCCGGCGGUGCUGCACGGGUUCUUCGGCGACGACUGGGCGGCGGGGAUCGGGCCGCUACACGAGCAGGAGCGGCGGAACUACCUGUUCGCGGCCAAGAGCGAUACGUGGCUCAAGGUCAAGAUGGCGUACGACAUGGGCGAGGAGCAGAUGGUGCCGUUCCUGCGGCCCCUGCAGAACGUCGCCGAGAAGGAGAUCAUUGGCGCUGAGACCACCUGGAGCGAGUGGCUGGCCAUGCAAGACUGGAUGCUGGGGCCUAGGGCGCCCGGGGGAGGUCGCGCGGCUGGUGGUAGCGGCGGCGGCGGCGGUGGUGGUGGUGGCGGUGGUGGUUCAGCGAGCAGCCAACGGGGCCGUGGACAGGAACAAGUCCGUGUCAAGGCGGAGGUAGACUGAGUCCACCGCCUGUGGUGCGAUUGAGAUUAAGAUUGAGAUUGACCCUGUUGUAGU